AUGAAGAUUUUUCACUUCCUCCUGCCGAUCCUUCUCUUCCAAGGUUUCCAUUGUGCGGCCUUCGGCGCCACCGGCGAUGACCACUUUGUAUUCUCCGGCUUCCACGGUGCCGACCUCAACCUCGACGGUAUGGCGACGGUCACGCCGGAAGGCCUUCUUGAACUGACCAAUGGUACAGUGCAGCUCAAAGGCCACGCAUUCUUCCCAGCUCCAUUCCGCCUCAGCAGAUUUCCCGGAGGCACGGUGAAGUCCUUCUCUGCCUCCUUCGUGUUCGGAAUCGUCACCGCCUACCCCAACCUGAGCUGCCAUGGCAUCGCUUUUGUGGUUGCGCCGAGCAAGAAUUUCACCACCACGCUUGCCGGCCAGUACAUGGGUCUCGCCAACAUUGACAACAACGGCAACGCCAGCAACCACAUCUUUGCCGCCGAGCUCGACACCAUGCAGAACAUCGAGUUCGAAGACAUCGACAACAACCACAUCGGUGUGAACAUCAACGGUCUCCGCUCCGUGCGGUCGCACGCUGCUGGCUACUAUAUCAACAGCGAGAAUGAAAGAUUCCAGAGCAUGAGCCUCAUCAGCGGAGACGUGAUGCAGGCGUGGGUGGAUUACACUGAAGAGAUCGCACAGAUCGACGUCACCAUUGCUCCUGUCAAGAUGCCCAAACCAGCAAGGCCACUUGUCUCUGCCAUGUACAACCUCUCCGGUGUGCUAACGGAGCAAGCAUACAUCGGUUUCUCUUCUGCGACUGGCCCGAUCAACUCUCGGCACUACAUUCUUGGCUGGAGCUUUGGCAUCAACCAACCUGCUCCGCCUGUCGACAUCGCCAAGCUGCCAAAGAUGCCUCGUCUUGACUCCAAGCCAAGAUCCAAGGUUCAAGAAAUCCUGACACCAGUAGCUGUUGCAACAUUCCUCCUUGCUCUGGGAAUUGUUGCAGUUCUACUUCUGCGAAAGAGAUUGAGGUAUGCCGAGCUACGAGAAGAUUGGGAGGUUGAGUUUGGACCACAUCGAUUCUCCUACAAGGAUUUGUACCAUGCAACCGAUGGAUUCAACGAAAAGCACCUACUGGGUGUGGGUGGGUUCGGCAAGGUGUAUAAAGGAGUGCUUCGGACAUCCAGAUUGGAGGUUGCAGUGAAGAGGGUGACGCACGAGUCAAGGCAGGGCAUAAAAGAGUUUGUCGCUGAGGUUGUCAGUAUUGGUCACAUCCGACAUCGUAACGUAGUGGAGUUACUUGGUUAUUGCAGGAGAAAAGGCGAACUUCUGUUGGUGUACGGAUAUAUGCCAAAUGGUAGUCUUGAUAAAUACCUGCACUACGAAUUGGGCAAACCAGUACUGAGCUGGGCUCACAGGUUUCAGAUCAUCAAAGGCGUUGCAUCUGGAUUGCUGUACCUUCAUGAGAAGUGGGAGAAAGUUGUCAUUCACCGGGAUGUCAAAGCAAGCAACGUACUCCUCGACAAAGAAAUGAACGGCCGCCUAGGUGACUUCGGCCUCUCAAGGCUGUACGACCAUGGCACCGAUGCUCAAACCACACAUAUGGUUGGCACCAUGGGUUACAUGGCCCCGGAGCUAGUACGCAUGGGGAAGGCAUCACCUCCUACAGAUGUGUUUGCUUUCGGCACGUUCCUCCUCGAGGUUACAUGUGGACAAAGGCCUAUCAGGGAAGACGCACGAGGCGGCCAGUUUCUGUUGGUUGACUGGGUGCUGGAGCAUUGGCAUGGCGGGACGCUACUCGAGACCGUGGAUCCAAGGCUUCUAGAGGACUACGAUGCUGACGAGGUGUCUCUUGUGCUGAAGCUUGGGCUGUUGUGCUCCCACCCUUACAACAAUGCAAGGCCAAGCAUGCAACAGGUCAUGGAGUACCUUGACAGAGACACGCCUGUCCCGGAGUUAGCAUCGGCACAUUUGAGCUUCAAUGUGAUGGCCGUAUUGAAAAACAAAGGCUUUGAUCCCCAUAUAAUGGCAUAUCCACCAUCGUUAGUGGUUAGCAUCGGCACUAUAUCUGAUCUAUCCGGAGGAAGAUGA